CUAGGCCGAGCGUCUUCGGUCAUCUCCGGCGCUUCUAAAGGCAGUUCCUGUAAUCUUCGGAAGUCUUGGACGUAGUAAUUUAAGACAUACCCUUUUAUUAACUGAUUUCCAAACACACAGAAAGUCCAGCGGAUAAUUUCUGACUCAUUAAUUCAGAGCCCUUGAUUUUUACGUUGAGGAAGCUAAACGGACUUUGACCUUUAACCUUCGGCCGGAGGCAUCGGAGAGAAACGCCUCCGUCUCUAUAUAAGGAAUUUCCGGCUUUUUCGCGGCCCUUUUUCCCUCUUAGCGUUUGGCGCCGGUUGCCUGGGCUCCUCUUUUCCCCGCUACCGUUCAGUUCCCGGAUCAGCCGUCGUCAUGGGUUUCGGAGACCUGAAAAGUCCCGCGGGCCUCCAGGUGCUCAACGACUACCUGGCGGACAAGAGCUACAUCGAGGGGUAUGUGCCGUCACAGGCAGAUGUGGCAGUAUUUGAAGCAGUCUCCGGCCCGCCACCUGCCGACUUGUGUCAUGCCCUACGUUGGUAUAAUCACAUCAAAUCUUACGAAAAGGAAAAGGCCAGCCUGCCAGGAGUGAAGAAAGCUUUGGGCAAGUAUGGCCCUGCUGAUGUGGAAGACACCACAGAAAGUGGAGCUGCAGAUAGUAAAGAUGACGAUGACAUUGAUCUCUUUGGAUCUGAUGAUGAGGAGGAAAGCGAAGAAGCCAAGAGGCUAAGAGAAGAACGCCUUGCACAGUACGAGUCAAAGAAAGCCAAAAAACCAGCACUUGUUGCCAAGUCUUCCAUCUUAUUAGACGUGAAGCCUUGGGAUGAUGAGACUGACAUGGCAAAGUUAGAGGAGUGCGUCAGAAGCAUCCAAGCAGAUGGCUUGGUCUGGGGCUCCUCUAAACUAGUUCCAGUGGGGUAUGGAAUUAAAAAACUUCAAAUACAGUGUGUAGUUGAAGACGAUAAGGUUGGAACAGAUAUGCUGGAGGAACGGAUCACUGCUUUUGAGGACUAUGUGCAGUCAAUGGACGUGGCUGCGUUCAACAAGAUCUAAAAUCAUUGCCCUUAAAUAAAAGCUUGAAAGACAA